AAUUAAAAAGCCACAGACUUUUCUUUCUUUGAACAAGCAUCUCUGUUUUUCUUAAAUACCCAUUUUCCAUCUUCACUUCUGGAAUCCAUUAGCCAAAAAUUCAGUUUUCUGGUGGGUUUUUCAUUUUUGGGCCGUUGAAGGAUGGAAACGUUGCGGGAGAGGUUCUGUGCUUUUAUGAGUAAUAGAUGGUUGGUGUUUGUGGCUGCAAUGUGGAUACAAUCCUGCGCAGGAAUUGGGUAUUUGUUUGGUAGCAUCUCGCCUGCGAUCAAGAGCUCUCUGAACUAUAACCAGAGGCAGAUUGCCAAAUUGGGUGUGGCUAAGGAUCUCGGAGACAGUGUUGGGUUCUUAGCAGGGAGCUUGUGCGAGGUUUUACCUUUAUGGGGUGCUUUGCUUGUUGGAGCUUUGCAGAAUCUUGUAGGAUAUGGCUGGGUUUGGUUGAUUGUUAUUGGAAGAGCUCCGCGUUUGCCUUUGUGGGCUAUGUGUAUUCUUAUAUUUGUGGGGAACAAUGGUGAAACCUACUUCAACACGGCCGCUCUUGUUUCUUGUGUGCAAAACUUUCCCAAGAGCCGAGGUCCUGUAGUGGGAAUACUCAAGGGUUUUGCAGGGCUGGGUGGUGCUAUUCUGACUCAGAUAUACACAAUGAUUCAUCACCCUGAUCAUGCAUCUCUUAUAUUCAUGAUAGCGGUUGGACCAGCAAUGGUAGUCAUCGCUCUAAUGUUCCUUAUCAGACCUGUGGGAGGCCACAGACAAGGGCGGUCAUCUGAUGGUGCAAGUUUUACAUUUAUUUAUAAUGUGUGCCUCCUUUUGGCUGCAUACCUAAUGGGGGUCAUGCUUCUUGAAGAUCUAGUUGAUCUUAACCGUACUAUAAUCACAGUCUUUACCGUGAUUUUGCUCUUGCUUCUUAUUGUUCCCAUUGUAAUUCCCAUUUCAUUGAGUUUUUGCUCAGAGCCUAAAGAACCUGCAGAAGAGGUUCUGCUGCCACAACCAGAGAAACUAGAACCAGGAAAAUCUGAACAUAAUGCCAAUGAGGUAAUAUUCAGUGAGUUGGAAGAUGAGAAGCCAAGAGAAGUAGACCUGCUUCCUCAUUCAGAAAGACAAAAAAGGAUUGCUCAGUUGCAAGCAAAGCUCUUUCAAGCAGCUGCAGAAGGAGCCGUGAGGGUGAAGAGGAGGAGAGGUCCUCAUAGAGGGGAGGACUUCACCUUGGCACAGGCUUUAAUCAAAGCAGACCUUUGGCUUAUCUUUUGGUCUCUUCUUUUGGGUUCUGGGUCAGGAUUGACAGUUAUAGAUAAUCUUGGUCAGAUGAGCCAGUCUUUGGGCUAUGAUAAUACUCAUAUAUUUGUAUCACUCAUCAGCAUUUGGAACUUUCUUGGUCGUAUUGGUGGGGGUUACUUCUCUGAGAUUAUUGUGAGGGACUAUGCUUAUCCAAGGCCUAUAGCAAUGGCAAUCGCCCAGCUUGUCAUGGCUGUUGGGCAUGUCUGCUUUGCAAUGGGAUGGCCUGGAGCAAUGUAUAUUGGGACUCUUUUGAUUGGGCUUGGUUAUGGUGCUCAUUGGGCAAUUGUGCCAGCUGCUGCCUCUGAGUUGUUUGGCUUGAAGAAAUUUGGGGCCCUGUACAAUUUUCUCACACUUGCAAAUCCUGCAGGUUCACUUGUCUUCUCAGGCCUAAUUGCCAGCAGUAUUUAUGACCAUGAAGCUGAGAAGCAAGCUCAUCAACCUCAUCUCUAUGCACAAAAUUCAGGGACACUUCUCUCAGGAAAGUUUGCUCAGGACGAUCCACUUAAGUGUGAAGGCUCCGUAUGCUUUUUCCUGACUUCUAUGAUUAUGUCAGGCUUCUGCAUUGUUGCGCUUGUCUUAACCUUGAUUCUUGUAUACCGGACAAAGAUUGUCUAUGCCAACCUCUAUGGAAAGUCCCGCAGUUGAUCAAGUGAUCCAGAAAGUCCGUUACAGGUAUCUUGUUAGCGGGGUUUGUGUGUUGUAUUUGUAUCGAGUUAUAUGAUAAGAUUUUGCUAGAAGGUAGGAACGAGCAUGUUCUGCGCCUGAGUUUCUUGAGAUACCAUGAACACACAUUUUCUUGUCGGGGUUUUUGUUCUUUGCUCUCUAAUCUCUAUUCCAGGGGUAUCAUUCCUCUGUGAAGGAUCUAUUAGGAGUGUUGAUUGAAGUCAAGGUGUUUGCAAUUUCUUCCUUCGUAUUGAACUUGGUUUUC